AUGGGUCAGAACCAGCAAGCACAAUCACAGGAAGUAGAGCUGGAGUUGAUGAGCAUCCAGGACCUGUACAAGUCUUUCAUCAUGGAGUGCCCCAGUGGUUCUUUGUACCUGCAUGAGUUCAAGAGGAUGUUUGGAGUGCAGACGGGCACACCUGAAUCAGAGUACAUGGACAACAUCUUCAGAGCGUUUGACAUGAACAACGAUAACACAAUGGAUUUCAUAGAGUAUGUGGCCGCACUUAAUCUGGUUCUGCGGGGGAGACUUGAAGACAAGCUGCGGUGGUCAUUCAAGGUGUUUGACAAUGAUGAUAACGGACGCCUCGACAGGAGUGAACUACGGAAAAUUGUAAAGGUAAAAAAAUGA